AUGCCACACCUCAAUCUGGACUCCCUCUUCUGCGGCGGCGGCGGCGAGGUGGGAUCGAGGGUGGUGUGCGAGACCAUCGCGCUCCCCGGCUGCUCUGACGACGGAGGCCGAGGUGAUGCCAACGCUCACGCCAACGAUGCCGACGCACCGGCGGAGUCGCGCUGUGUACGGGUAGGCGAUGGCGCCGCGUGGGCGGAGUUGGCCGGUGCGGUGCUGGAGAGGGGUCGCUCCACCAAGGGUAGAUCUAAUCCCAAGGCCGCGGCGGCGGCGUCUGCGAAGGGGAAGGGCGGGUCAAGGCCGUCGGCCGAGUCGAGGGGGCUGCCGAUCGGCAAGGUGGUCGUCGUCAUAGGCGGUCUACCGGCGGGAAAGAUGGUUGCGCAGAAGCGGCGCUCGCCAUGCCUUGGCCGCGGCUGGUGCCGGCCGGCGGCAGGGUCCUGCAGGAUCUUCGCGAGCGAGGCCGUGGAGACGGAUCCUGGGUCCCCGAAGGUGUCCUGCUUUGGGGCCGUACACUCGGAGAGGCGGGCGGCGACGGCGACGGCUCCAGCUCUUGCGCCGGCCGUGGAGGACGAGGAGAGGAGCAGCGGGUGCUGGGCGAGCGUGGCUGCCGCACUGCAUCAUCUAUGCCAUCCCAACAAUCCGCCCGAGUGUGAAUUGGAGGCCAGCGAGUCGAAGGCCAUCGCACCGGCGCCACCGUCGGUCACCGCUCUUUCGCCGCCGCGACCGCUAGCGGUUAAACUGGGAGAAGUGAAGCGCCUUGCUUCGCGGCGGUGGCCUGAGACCAUGGCAGGACCAGUCUCGGCAUGAAUCCGACAUAUCCACGCUAGCCGAGGCAAACAACCAGCAAUUCUACUAGUACUUGGAACGGCAUCUUCCCGUGCUAAUGUCCAUUUGUUAACUCUGAAAAAAAAAGUCUCUUUUAACUUCUUUCGCUUGUGCAUGUGUGAUAGUCCUAAUCUUCUUUCUUGAGCAUGCUGCUCCUCGUACCUUGUGUUGUCGAUGUUCGAUUCUAAAUCAAUCACUAUAAUGUACUACUAGUAUUAUCUUGAGAUGG